ACGUCAUGCUAACAAUAUUGGCCUGUACUAAUCUUUAGUAGGAUGGAUUUUCAUCUCGCUCCUCCCACAGCUGAGCUACACCAAUUAAAAGCAGUUCUGCGUUGCUACCAUUAUCUUUUUCAUAUUUAGCUAGCUAGCAGUGCUUGCUAACAUCCGUGUUACACAUUGACCGCUUGCUACAUUACGGUUACAGUGCACCUAGGCCCUAAGCAGCUUCCGAUAACAAGUUGGAACGAUCAGGCGUUGAAGUCAUGCCUGUGCAAGUGAAAGUGGAAUACUGUGGUGGGUGAGGGUACGAGCCCCGCUAUCGGGAACUCGCCCGGGUUGUCACCCAGGAGUUCCCUGAAGCGGAGGUGUCAGGCUUCGUAGGAAGGCAAGGCAGCUUUGAGAUUGAGCUCAAUGGGCAAGUUGUCUUCUCAAAGCUUGAAACAAGUGGUUUCCCAUAUGAAGACGAUAUCAUGGACGUCAUCCAGAAAGCUCAUGACGGCAAGCCUUUUGAGAAGAUCACCAAGAGCCAGCCUCCUUGUGUUAUCCUGUAGAUCUCCUCUCCCACACUCUCCCCUCUUGAUGGCAGUCUGUUCAUGUAAGGAAUGUGUGAUCUGAUCAUUGCCACUGUCAUCCCUGCCUCAGCUAUUGCACUAGCCAAGCAUGAGAGGACAUCUUUCUGCUGAAACAAGUUUAACAGGUUAGACUGGAACUCCUGAAGACAUAGUACACCCAUAGAGAACAGCCUGUCAUCAGGUUAUGUUGUCCCUCCCUCUGCCUGCUCCCAUUGCGGUGUACCAGGAUUUCUAUGAUUACUGUAGCCCAAAACUGAAAUGUUACAGUAUGAUGACCCCAGUCCUGGUAGCACCUGUCUUAUGGUACCAGACAAAGGGAGGGAAAAAGGGACGUGGUCGGGCACACAGGUUUAUAAGAUAGGGAAUGCCCUGUUGUAUUCCCAAAGCCUCAUUUCCUUAGUACCAGUGGUAAAAAGGAGUUAGCAACUUUCCACCCUCUGUAAAAAUCAUUAAAGCUUCUUUGCAUCAUUUUUACUUCUGUAUCAUGUACCAUACUAUGAUGUCAAAGGUGCUGCUAAAUAUUUGUUGACGUCAAUUCAUUGUUUGGCUGUUAAUUGAAUGUUUUAUGAACUUGAAUUUGCUGACUUUAAUUAUUUAAAGCAGGCUCAAGCUUAUCCCUGUUUUGAUUCCUUAGUUUAAGUUCUGUCAUUGCUGUCUUUGAGUUUGUAAAUUUCUUAAUGUUGGAAGCUAAACACUAGUAACCCAAACAUUCUGUGAAUUUGCAAUUGCAUUCUGCCAAAGUUAUGCAAUUCCAUUGGCUCCAGGGCUUUGAUGAUAUUUUACUAUUGGUGGAGCUGACCUCACAUUAGAUUAACCCAUAGUCAUUCUGAAGCCCACUUACUGGUCUGUCACUAUUGCCACGUCACCAUGUCUGUUUACUAAAUGUUAGCUCUGAUUUCGGUUUCUUUGACCCGUUUGCUGUCAAUUAUGUAACACAUUGGGGGAACUUGUAUAAUAAAGUUUGUGACUAUUUAACUCCA